AAUUGUAACAUAACACUUUUUGCCCACAGUACACCCACCGCCUUGUUAAUCAAAUAUAUUCAUAUUUAAUAUACAUGUUCAUAGCACCCAGCAGGUUCCCACAACGGGGGUGGUGGUAUCAACGCGCAGAAAGAUGAGCAGGCCAAAUCCCACGCCACGUUCAUCGACGGGUCUACGCAAACCGACUGGUCAAAGAUCAACACCUCCACCCAGGCCACCACCUCAUGUUCCCGCUCCUGCUCCACCACCGCAUGAGCCUGCGAAACCAUAUGGAGAAUCCCCGGGCCUGCUGAGCCCGGUCGCAUCGUCGGGUCCUUUGCGCCAACGCUCUUCUGUGCACCUGAGGAAGAAACACCUCGGUUGGGUCUACUUGAUCCACGCGGUUCUAUCGGCAAGUGCAGUAAUUCAGCUUGUGGUCCUGCGGCUCUGCAAUAAGGACUUCGGGGAGCUAAUUAGCCCAUCGGUGCCCAGCUUCGUGUGGCUGCUCCUGGCCGUGGGAUGUGUGCUGAUCAUGGCCUACGUGUACCUGGCCAACCAGUGUCCGUGCAAUGGUCUGCUGGCCAUUGUCAUCGUGGAGGUGAUAGUGAUAUUUGUGAAUUGCCACCGGUGGGCUCGUCUAUCGAUGCUCUGGAUGACUGGUGUCCUGUCACUCGUGCUGGCCCUGAACGUCAUGCUCUACUUGAUGGGCGUCUAUCUGCCGCUGAAAAUACUGCCCGGUAGCAUCUUCAUGAUCGUCCUCACAUUCUGUUGCAUAGCGAUUGUCGUUUCGAUCUACUUGAUUGUGUAUCUAAACGGCAAUCGCUAUAUAAUGCGAUACGUCUCGAUGGUCAGUCUGAUCUACGUGGCUAGUCUCAUCCUCUUCACCAUCACCGUUAUCCACCAGCGAAGAUUCGAGCAUACGGAUCGCACCGAAUAUGUCCUGCAGGCCACCGUUCUGGCCAUGCUGUUCGUCUAUAUGAUUCACCCACUCUCAACUAUGGUGCGAUUUGGGCAGUUUUUGGUGGACCAUGUAUAAUAUAAAAUUGUUGGAAGUGUAUCAUCAUCUCUAAUAUAGUCUUAAGAAAUGUAAUAUUGCCCAAAUUCCUAUAUAUACAUAUAUAUUGU